AUGUCAGAUGGACCAAAUGGCGUUCGAGGCACCCGCUUUUUCAACGGGGUACCUUCGGCCUGUUUACCUUGUGCCACAGCACUAGGCGCUUCGUUCGACACCGAGCUCAUAUAUUCCCUUGGAAAGCUUCUUGGCCUAGAAUGCAAGGCAAAGGGGGCUCAUGUCCUCCUAGGGCCGACGAUUAAUAUCCAACGAGGCCCGCUGGGGGGUCGCGGGUUUGAAUCCUUCUCAGAGGAUCCUGUACUUUCAGGAUCAUUGGCUGCCAGUUAUUGUUUGGGUGUACAGACUGAGAAUGUCAUCCCAACACCGAAGCAUCUUGUUUGCAACGAUCAGGAGCAUGAGCGUGUUGCUGUCAGUGCGCUUGUCACUGAGCGUGCUCUACGGGAGAUAUAUCUACUUCCCUUUCAGCUAGCCAUUACAGGCGCCAAUCCUGGGGCCCUUAUGACGUCGUACAACAAGGUCAACGGAUGUCACGCCAGCGAGAGCCCUGAUCUGCUCCAGGAUGUUGUUCGGAAGGAAUGGGAUUAUAAAGGUCUCAUCAUGAGCGAUUGGUUCGGCACCUAUAGUGUGUCUGAGGCUGUUAAUGCCGGGUUGGAUCUCGAAAUGCCUGGCCCAUCUCGGUUUCGUGGGUCGAGCUUGGUGCAUGCCAUCACAUCCAAUAAAGUCUCGGAGAAAACUAUCAAUGAUCGGGUCCGCAGUGUUUUAGAGCUAGUAAAACAAACGGCCAGCUCGGGUAUCCCUGAGAAUGCAGCCGAAGCUCAGCGGAACCUGCCCGAGGAUAGAGCAUUGCUCCGUAGAGCAGCCGCCGAGUCUAUUGUUCUUCUCAAGAACAAUGAUCAGAUUCUUCCUUUGGAUUCGACUAAACGAACUCUCGUGAUCGGUCCGAAUGCCAACAUCGCGGCAUACUGUGGCGGAGGCUCUUCGGCUCUGCCGGGAUAUUAUGCCAUUGCACCCCUAGAAGGAAUCAGCAGCAGCUGUACCGGGGGUGUAGUCUUCUCACAGGGAGUGUAUAGCCACAAAGAGCUACCACUUCUAGGCGACCAAUUGAAAACCGAAGAUGGUCGACCUGGGUAUAUAUUCAGUGUGUUUACUGAGCCUUCUUCCAACAAAAACAGAAAGGCAGUAGAUAUCCUGCACAUGAAGAGCAGCUCCGCCUUUUUAAUGGACUACAAGCACCCAAAAGUCCACUCCGACCUUUACUACAUCACCAUGGAUGGGAUAUUCGAGCCCACGGAAAGUGGGAUAUAUGACUUUGGCCUUACGGUAGCGGGUACUGGAGAGCUCUUCAUUGAUGGGGAGAAGGUAGUCGACAACAAGGACAAUCAGCGACAGGGAACGUCAUUCUUUGGCAUCGGAACUCCAGAGGAACGCGGCUCCAAGUACCUCGAAGCAAAUCAACGGUACAAGAUUCUCGUCGACUACGGCACUGCGCCGACUUCCAAUCUGAAACUACACGGUGUCGUUUCCUUUGGACCAGGGGGACUGCGAGUGGGAGGAUGUAAACGGAUCAACACAGAACGUGCCAUUGAGCAUGCUGUUGAUCUGGCAGCUACAUUUGAGCAGGUGGUUGUCUGUGUUGGGCUGAGUGGAGAAUGGGAAAGCGAAGGAUUCGACCGUCCACACAUGGAUCUCCCGCCGAUGUCAGAUCAGCUGGUUCAAAGAGUCCUCGCUGUCCAACCAAACGCUGCGGUUGUUGUGCAGAGUGGAACUCCUGUGACAAUGCCUUGGGCUCGGGACGUAAAGGCCCUUCUUCAUGCGUGGUAUGGUGGGAACGAAACAGGAAAUGGUAUUGCGGAUGUCAUCUUCGGGGAUGUGAAUCCAUCUGGCAAACUUCCUCUCAGCUUCCCAGAGUCCAUCGAGCAUAACCCAGCAUACUUGUCCUAUCGAUCAGAAGGAGGAAGAGUGUUGUACGGCGAGGACAUCUACGUCGGUUAUCGCUACUAUGAAAAGGCCAAAGUGAAGCCUCUCUUCGCCUUCGGUUAUGGUCUCUCAUAUACAGUAUUCCGUCUUUCGGAGCUAGCUGUUUCGCAGCCGUUGGAGGCCCGGGACAACGUCAAGGAAGAAGUGUUGGAAGUGUUAGUGUUAGUGGAGAAUAUUGGACCUUGCAGUGGCGCAGAAACUGUUCAAGUAUACAUCUCACCACCUACGGACGCCAGCAUUUCCCGCCCUGUGAGAGAGCUCAAGGGGUUCAAAAAGGUCAAACUGCAACGGGGAGAGAAACAGGAAGUCGUGAUUGUUAUCCCAAUUGCUCUGGCUACCAGUUUCUGGGAUGAGAGAUCGUCUGCCUGGCUCAGUGAAGCGGGGGAGUAUAAGGUCACUGUCAUAGGGACUGGUGAGCAGAAUGUUCUCUCGACAGGAUUUGCGAUCUCCCGUACUAGGGAAUGGAAUGGCUUGUUUGGACCUGUUAUUACUGCUGUAUCCCGGCAUGUCAAUGGAAACGGAAAGUAG